AUCCACACUUCUUUAUUCCUCGCAGCCACUUUUUUUUUUUUGGGGUGUAAUCUGGCAGGAGGAGGGGGUUUGGAUCAGUGCGAGAAAAACGUGUUCAUGUUCAGUAGUAGAAAUCAGCAGCCUAUCUCUCUCUCGCUGCUUUUACGCACAGCCCUUCUCCAGUGGAGGCAGUUCAGAUCAGAUUUCACAUUCAGCUCCGACCAGCUGAGAGAGAGAGAGAGACAACCAGAGAGAGCAGAGCAGAGCAGAGCAGAGGAGGGCUCGUAUCUCCGCUUUCCUUCUCCGAUACCUCCGCCAGAAUAAAAAAAACCCUGCGAGGAAACAACCGGGUGGCGCGGCGCAAAUAUAUAUAUAUAUAAAAACAAAAACACCACCGGGAUUUUUUUCUUCUUUUUUUUAUGUAUUUUUGCAGGAUUUCAGCAGCGAGAGCGCCACAGAGACUUAGAUAAGAAGAAGAAGCAGAAGAAGCAGAAGAGGAAGGAGAAGAGAUGGACGAGCAGACCCGGUUGAUGCACUCUCACUCGGGGGUAGGGGUGGUCGGAGGCAUGGCAGGACACCCCGGCCUGCCGCAGCACAUGCAGGACAGCACCGGAGGAACCGACGGAGACGGCAGGAAACAGGACAUUGGAGACAUUUUACAGCAAAUUAUGACCAUCACGGAUCAGAGUCUGGACGAAGCUCAAGCCAGGAAACACGCUCUGAACUGUCACAGAAUGAAGCCAGCUCUUUUCAAUGUCUUGUGUGAAAUCAAAGAGAAAACAGUGCUGAGUAUCCGCGGCGCCCAGGAGGAGGAGCCCCCGGAUCCCCAGCUCAUGCGCCUGGACAACAUGCUGCUGGCAGAGGGCGUGUCCGGGCCGGAGAAAGGCGGAGGAUCGGCGGCGGCGGCAGCUGCAGCGGCGGCCUCGGGAGGAGCGGGGCCAGAUAACUCGGCGGAGCACUCCGACUACAGGGCCAAGCUGACCCAGAUCAGACAGAUCUACCACACGGAGCUGGAGAAGUACGAACAGGCAUGUAACGAGUUCACCACCCACGUGAUGAACCUGUUGCGGGAGCAGUCGCGCACGCGGCCAAUUUCGCCCAAAGAGAUCGAGCGUAUGGUGAACAUCAUCCACCGCAAGUUCAGCUCCAUCCAGAUGCAGCUCAAGCAGAGCACCUGCGAGGCCGUCAUGAUCCUGCGCUCCCGCUUCCUCGAUGCCAGACGGAAAAGACGAAACUUCAACAAGCAGGCGACAGAGAUCCUGAACGAGUAUUUCUACUCACACCUCAGUAACCCCUACCCCAGCGAGGAGGCUAAAGAGGAGCUGGCAAAGAAGUGUGCCAUCACAGUUGCCCAGGUUUCCAACUGGUUUGGGAAUAAAAGAAUCAGAUACAAGAAAAACAUUGGUAAGUUCCAAGAAGAAGCCAACAUGUACGCUGCGAGAACUGCCGUGAAUGCGGCUAAUGCAUCCUCACAUGGAAGCCAAGCAAAUUCACCCUCAACUCCAAACUCUGCAGGUUCUGGUGGCUCUUUUAACAUGUCAAACUCCGGGGACUUGUUCAUGAACGUGCAGUCUCUCAAUGGGGACUCGUACCAGGGGGCUCAGGUGGGAGCCAACGUGCAGUCACAGGUGGAUACCCUUCGCCAUGUUAUCAGUCAGACAGGCGGGUACAGUGAAGGACUCACAGCCAACCAGAUGUACAGUCCGCAGGGCAUCAAUGCAAACGGUGGCUGGCAAGACGCUCCGACCCCCUCAUCAGUGACUUCACCCACAGAAGGACCCGGAAGCGUUCACUCUGACACCUCCAACUGAUCCUCCCCCCCUCAUCACUCUUCUGUCCUCCUGCUUCCCAACAUCCUCCACCGCUGCAACCCCCCCAGCCACAUCUCCCAAAGCUCAAACCCCAUCGGGACUGGACGUGACGUACUGUAUGUAGUCAGGACACAUUUGGGAGUCUGGGACGACAUUAACGGACGAAUACUUCACUUUUCCUAUCUGGAUUACCGCAGCACCGUUAGCAGCCUGCGUAGGGGACUCAUAUCCACACUUCACAGUUUGUACAGUUUCCACUCGAUGUCCAUGUUGCCUCUUUGUAUUUCUCUUACAUUAUAUAUUCACACCGUUAGCAGCAUAUAACGCCCCCGCGUCUUGUAAAUUGAAAUGCUUCCACACUACCUCUAUUCGAAAAUAACAACAGAGAAAAUUUCAAAAAUGCUUCGGUUUUACAAAUUUUUAUAAUUAUUGGAGUUUUACUGUACGCCACGCCAUGCCCUGUCAUAACAAAUCUGUCUUUAUUACCAUGUUCAUUAUCUAUAGUGCCAAAGUUCAACCCUGGAGGUGAAUUUUGAUUACGUUUUUAUGUCCUUCCAUUUUCCACGUCAUACUUUGUGAAGUGUUAUUAUGUUAGUCCAGUCAUAUUAGCCAGGUAAUAUCCAAGUAUCAAGCCUCGAUUUCUAUUCAGAACUUCUACAGCAGACAAGGACGUAUAAGACAUUUUAUAUUUUACCGCCAGAGAAGCAGGUUUUCUGCUCACAUGCAGUACAAUAAUGCAAAUCAUUUUUAACGUAAGUAAUCAACAAAUGGAGCGCGGCUCACAAAGGCAGUUGAGGUUCUGCCUUGCUUGUCGGCCACAAUAUCUAAAGAAGAAUUGACGAAACACUAAAUCCACGACAACAUCAGCGGCAAUUACGGCACGUUGAUAUGUAACAAAGCACAAUAACACCUAAUGGUUCAAAUCAAAGGGUAACAUUUAUAAAUGUCGAAGAGAAAACAAUACAGAGGGAGUUUUAAGAUUUAACUAUAGGAGUCAUAUAUGGAAGAAAAAGAGUGCACAUACAGUACACGGUCAGACAUCGUCAGUGAGAUCAACAUAGCCAAAUACUGCUGGGAACCAAAUCCAAAACUAAAAAUUGUAAUUCAGAUUUUAAGGUGCAAAUGUUGUGGGGAUUGAACACAUCGCAUGUCCUUUUUUUCUGAAUUCACUUUUCAUUUGUGGAAUUAUUAUAUUUGUGUGAUAAUCCUGAGUGCGCAAUGAGACAUUUUGAGCAGAUUUUUGUGUUAAAUUAAAUUAUUCUUUACACGAUAAGAAUUUUGUUACUGUGUGCGAAUAUCCCAUUGCACAGCGCUCAGGAUUGUGGCACUAAUAUAACUCCAUACACAGUAAAAAAAACUUGAGCUUAACCCCUGUUCUUUGAUAACAUUGAGCAGAAUAUUAUUUGAAAGCGAACUGCAGUGUUUGUAUUUUCCAUAUUCCAGAGUCCCUUCAUUUUUUGCUUUGUUUUAAAAUGACACUAAAACCACCACAU